AUGCGCACCAGCGGCUUCCUCCUACCUAGUGAAAGACAGCGGCGGGUAAACCGGACUGCAAAGCACAUGCGUUCAAUGGCAUGUAGAUAGUUGAAUUAUUCGUAAUUUAAAUACGGAAAGGAUCAGUAAUACUGUUUCCCGAUGGAGGAAGUCGACGUUAACCCGACAGUCACUAAUAUACCAGCAAUCAGGCAUGGGAAGCAUAUGGGAUUCGCCUGGGGUCCUGAAGAUAUCCUUGUCUACGAGACACAGUUUAAAGCAUCAGGUCCUUCGCUGUCAGGCCCAGGCGGCUCCUUCAUCCACAAGGUCAGGAAAGACGAGGACAUACACUCCCCUAUUUUACGCAAACUCUUCAACGAGUCGCAUCACAUCUUUGUUGGACUGCAGACGAUCAAGGAGGAUGUCCCCAGCAAGAGCAAAAAACCCCAAUUUGUCAGCAUCAGUAGAAACUACAGAUCUGUGAUCCGGGCUUGCAUGGAAGAGCUUCAGCAAGUUGCAGUUUCUACAAGAGAUACAGAGAUGGCAACACAGUAUGGAAAUCAGGUUUCUAUUCUUUUGGCCAUAGAACUCAUCUGGAAUCUGUGCGAAGUGCUUUUCAUCGACGCCGCUCCUGCCGGCUCUCUCCUGCUUCAUCUCCUGGACUGGGUGAGGUUACACAAUGCUGAUGCUGACGAGAAGGCAAAGGAUGUGCUGCAGAGCGACAGCCCCGCAGAGCACCACCACUACUGGGAUGUGGUGGUGAGUUACGUUCUGCAGGGCAGGUUGGAAGAAGCCAGACAGAUGCUGGCGAAACAGGCCACCCGGCAGCCGGCCUCCAGGAAUAUGUACAAGCUAAUGGACGGCUUACUCAGCAAGAUGCCCUUUUACAAUCCUGGCGGCACUCAGACACUAACGGAGUUUGACGUGAAGUGGAGGAACUGGCACGAGGAGGUGGACCGCUACCUGAAGGACAACUCGUUUUCCAGCAACUACCACCUGGAGCUCAUCUGUAAGAUCCUCGUGGGCGACGAAGACGCUCUGCUGGAGCAGAAGGAGCUGCUUAGCACCUGGUAUCACUUCCUCAUCACAAGGCUGCUGUACUGCCACCCCACGGUGAAACCCAUUGAGUUGCAUUACUACGCACAGUCAUGCCUGACCAUGUUCCUGGACUCCAGGAGCGUCCAGGAGCCUUUAGACAGCAUCUUACUGGCUGCCUUUGAGUUUGACAUUUACCUGGUCAUCAAGGACUGCAGCAUUGUUCUCAACAACUGGUGGUUCGUGGCCCAUUUGACAGACCUGCUGGAUCACUGCAAGCUCCUCCACUCUCAUAAUCUAAACUUUGGGUCCAAUAUGAGAGAGUUCCUCCUGAUAGAGUACGCCUCUGGUUUAUUCACUCAUCACAGUCUGUGGCAGUGCGCUGUGGAUUACUUCGACCACUGUCCAGAGUUGGGGCGAGCUUGCCUCGAGCUGCAGAUCGAGCGCGUGCCUUUAGACACAGAACGGAAAGCCCUCAAAGUGCUCCGGAUCUGCGAGGACAGGCAGAUGUCAGAGCAAGUGCGGAGUAUCUGUAAGAUCAUGGCUAUGAGAGCUCUGAGGAACAACAGACUGGGCUCAGCUCUGUCCUGGAGCAUCAGGGCCAAAGACGCUGCCUUUGCCACCCUCAUUUCAGAGAGGUUCCUGCAGGAUUACUGCACCAAAGGGACGUUUUCUGAUCUGGAUCUAAUCGACAAUUUGGGUCCAGCGAUGCUUCUCAGCGACAGGCUGACUUUUCUCGGAAAGUACAGGGAGUUCCACAAACUGUACGGGGAGAAGCGCUUCAAGGAGGCUGCAAAGCUGCUGCUUUCCCUCAUGACGGCGAAGAUUGCCCCCCGAAGCUUCUGGAUGACUCUGCUGACCGACGCUCUGCCACUGCUGGAGCAAAAAGAGGUGAUCUUCUCGGCGGACCAAACUUAUGAGUUGAUGUACUGUUUAGAGGAACUGACGUCCUCACUGGACACUGCAGCUCCUAGUGCAGACAGCCCAAUGCAGGAGCAAGACGUGGAGCAGACCAAAGUGGAGCUCCUGAGGCUCUCUCUGGCCAGGAAUCUGGCCAUGGCUAUCGUCAAAGAAGGAACCGUGGACACAUGAGGGCAGAGCAGCAACUAAUAAAAAGCUCUUCUUUUGCUUUUUUUUGUAUUGUGUAUAUAAAAAAAAAACAGAAAUCAAGAUGUGAUGUUUGAUAAUAAAAUGCUUUUCAUAGUGUA